CGGGGGAGGCGCUGCCCGAACCGCCCCCAGCCCGCCCCGGUGGCGGCGGCGGCGGCAGGAAGCGCGGGGGGGUGCGGAAAGCAGCGCCCACCCCCAUCACGCCGGGGCGGGCUCCGCGGGCACGCCAUGGAUACCACCGGCCACAGCGUCCUCCUCCUCCAGCAGCUCAACAUGCAGCGGGAGUUUGGCUUUCUGUGCGACUGCACGGUUGCCAUUGGAGAUGUUUACUUCAAAGCCCACAGAGCGGUGCUCGCUGCUUUUUCAAACUAUUUUAAGAUGAUAUUUAUUCAUCAGACGAGCGAAUGCAUAAAGAUUCAGCCUGCAGACAUCCAGCCCGACAUCUUCAGUUACUUGCUGCACAUCAUGUACACGGGGAAGGGGCCGAAGCAGAGUGUCAGCCAGAGCCGGCUGGAGGAGGGCAUCCGUUUUCUCCACGCCGACCACCUCUCCCACAUCGCCAUCCAGAUGAACCAGGUGUUCUCCCCAGAGCCAGUCCAGUCUUCCAACCUGUACGGCAUCCAGAUCUCCACAGCCCAAAAGCCGGCGAAGGAGCGCCCGGGCGCGAAGGAGAGCCUGCCCAAGGCGGGCAGCAGGUCCUCUGCCCAGGGCGACCCCCCCCAGCUGCAGCUCUCUCUGGCCAUCGGCCUGGAGGACACCUCGCUCGACCAGCAGGUCGCUCGCCCCUCGGCCCAGCCCCCUGCCCUUGCCAAGCCGGCAGAGGAGCGCCCGAAGCUCUCCGUCUCCGUAAAGCAGGAGAGGUGCGACUCGGAGGCCGCGGCCUCCCAGAGCUGCGCCCCUCCUUCUCCGGAGGUGGCCAGCCCCAUCUUUGCUAAGGCCAGCCUCAAGGUCCACCUGUGUCACUACUGCGGGGAGCGUUUCGACUCCCAGGGGGGCCUGCGGCAGCACUUGAUGACCACCCACGUCUCGGGCUUGCUGCCCUUCGGGGUGCCGGCCUCCAUCCUGGAGAGCGGCGACCUGGGGGAAGUUCAGCUUCUGGCUGAGGACCGGGAAGCUGGGGAGGGCCCCCGGCUGGAGGCCUUCCUUCUCAAGGAGGACGAGCACCCGCUGGAGCACCCGAGCUGCAGCGACCUGGAGCCUCUGCAGAUCGGCCAGCUCUCCCUCAUCUCCAAGGACCACGAGCCGGUGGAGUUGAACUGUAACUUCUCGUUCUCCAGGAAGAGAAAAAUGGGUUGCACCGUCUGCGGCCGCACGUUCUUGCAGAAGAGCCAGCUGCUGGAGCACACGUACGCGCACAGGGGGAAGCGGCACAAGCACAGCCGCUGCCAGCGGCUGGAGAGCCCCACCACCCCCAGGUUUCAUCCCUACUGCGAUGGCGAGAGCGGGGGGAAAAGCUCCAGUUUACCCCAGGACCACUUAGAUGAAUGUAUACUGGAGUCGGAUCUCAUCCAAGAAAGUGCCGAUACGAUCCUGGUAGAGUAGUUCUCCCCCUGUGUAGCCUUCAGGUGCUCAAACUGGGUAUUUUGGCGUUUUCCACCGAGUGAGCAGCUACCUGCUGCAGCUUGUGGUCUCCAACCACUAUCUCCUGUGGCCUCUGAGAUGACUGUGGACCGUGUACUUUGAUUUGUGUACUUGCUUUUUUACUUCUCGAACUUUUAAACUCAAGCUAAUUUCCUUCUGAGUCCUUCGCGGAAGCCUCUGUGUAACUCAGUUACAUUUUUUUUUUUUAAUUAAUGUAAACUUCACUCUGGCUCUGCUUUGCUGGAGUUAGGGCUGUAUAGUUGUGAGGUUUAAACAUCAUCUGUUACGCUGCGCAGUGCCUGGGACUCUUUGUACCCUGUAGGAUUGCUCUUCUGAAACUAGAUGGGAGGGAAAUGUAGAGGGAAAUACAUGGUAUGGUGUUUCCCAAGCAGUUUGGUUUUAAUUAAAAUAAAUAUCUCAAGGAGAUAAA